UGAAGUACUUGCUUCAAUCAGAGCCUCUUUGCUGAAGCAGCACUGCUUCCUCCCUUCAGCUUCCGUGUUGUUGCCUGAGGCGUGGGAUCUGUCGACCCUCGUGGAUCUUACGCAAAGGAAAUCGAGAAAGCGCCACGACGUGGAAGAAUAACCCUGACUGGCAGCCCAGUGUGAUCCGCUCUGCGGCGCUCACGCAAGUGCAGCGUCCUGACUCGGCCACGCUCCUGCUCCCAAAAUGAAACAAAUCGGGACGGACCCUGGGAGCUUCUGGUCUCCAGGAGAGGCUGGCGAAGGGUUGAGUUGACUCUUCCGGUUCUCUACCAUGGUGCAGGAUCAAGGUGAGAAGGAGAACCCCAUGCAGGAACUUCAAAUUCGCAAACUCUGCCUUAAAAUUUGCAUCAGGGGGGAGAGUGGAGACAGAUUGACAUGGGCGGCCAAGGUAUUGGAGCAGCUCACGGGCCAGACUCCUGUGUUUUCUAAAGCUAGAUACACUGUCAGGUGUUUUGGCAUCAGAAGAAAUGAGAAGAUCGCUGUCCACUGCACAGUCCGAGGGGCGAAAGCAGAAGAAAUCCUGGAGAAAGGCCUAAAGGUAGAGUAUAAAUUAAGGAAAAAUAACUUCUCCGAUACUGGAAACUUUGGUUUUGGAAUCCAGGAACAUAUCGAUCUGGGCAUCAAAUAUGACCCAAGCAUUGGUAUCUAUGGCCUGGAUUUCUAUGUGGUGCAGGGUAGGCCAGGUUUCAGCAUCGCAGACAAGAAACGCAGGACAGGCUGCAUUGGGGCCACACACAGAAUCAGCAAAGAGGAGGCCAUGUGCUGGUUCCAGCAGAAGUAUGAUGGAAUCAUCCUUCUUGGCAAAUAA